UCAUUCGGUUCUCGAAUGACUGUGGCUCAGAGAAAAGAGGCACACGAAUUGAGAAAGACUCUCAAGCCAUUGAUGGAAAAAAGAAGGCGAGCUCGCAUUAACGAGAGCCUCAAUCACUUAAAAACACUCAUACUCCCUCUGGUCGGCAAAGACGCUUCAUGCUAUUCAAAGCUGGAGAAAGCCGACAUUCUCGAAAUGACUGUGCGGUUCCUCAGAGACCUGCCUUCCUCGUCAGCUAAAGGUCAAACAGACAGCUACAAAGAGGGAUAUAAAGCCUGCUUGCAGCGCAUCUCCGCGAUGCUGCCGCAGUCUAACAUCGAAACGCAAACCCGUCAACGCGUCAACGAGUUCAUUCAGCACUCGAUGGCGUCUGCGACGUCCUCCUGCCAGAACUGCUGUGCUCAGAACUCCAGAAUGAUUUCCCAAAUGCACCAGAGACUUGUAAGCAUGAGGAGCAACAGCUAUGCGACGGAGAACCAGUCCACGGGCACCGCGUCUGCUCCCAGCCAACCCCAGCCUGCGCCGCAGGAAGCUGUGGACAUGUGGAGACCGUGGUGA